CGUUUCAUAAAAAUAUUAUUCGCAUUAACUUAUUAACUUUUCUAUUAAGUAUUCAAAUAAAUAAUUUUUAACUAUAAACUUUAAUUAAUAAUGGGAGUUUAUUUGCAAGACGAUGAUAAUCAGAUUAAUCGAUCAAAUAAUGUAACAGUACAAAAUAAAAUUGUAUCCCGAGAAAUGCGCGGUAAAAUAUUUGGUAAAUUUGAUGGAUUCCGCGGUUGCACGUUAUGGCUAACGGGACUCUCUGGGGCUGGAAAAACAUCCAUUGCAUUUAACCUAGAAAAUUAUUUAAUAAAAAACGGUAUUCCCGCUUAUUGUUUGGAUGGCGAUAAUAUGAGAUCCGGAAUCAAUAAAAAUUUAAACUUCAGCAAAGAAGAUCGGAAAGAAAAUAUACGAAGAUCUGCUGAAGUCGCUAAAUUAUUCGCCGACAGUGGUCAUAUAACUAUUUGUAGUUUUGUAUCACCUUUUAGUGAUGAUCGUUUUCUGGCACGUAAACUUCAUCAGGAGGUCGGAUUAAAAUUUUUUGAAAUAUUUAUAAAUGCAUCUUUGGAUGUUUGCGAAUCCCGUGACGUUAAAGGACUUUACAAAAAAGCACGUGAUGGUACAAUUAAUAGUUUUACGGGAAUUGGUCAAGACUAUCAGGUACCAAAUAAUCCUGAUUUAGUUUUAGAUACCGAAAAACAAACACUAGAGCAAUCAACAACAACUUUAAUUAAAUUUCUUGAGGACAAAAAAAUUUUGCCGACAUUACGGAAACAAAAUUAAUCAACACUAGGGAUAUUAAAAACGUUUUUUGAGCUACUGGAUUAUAAAUUUUAACUAGAAGUAUAAAAUUAAAAAAUACAUAAAUUUUAGGCUGUGAAAAAAAUUACAAACAGCAAAAUUCACAUUUACUAAUUUUUUAAUUUUGACAUAAAAAUUUGUAGAUUCAAAUUUUUUUUCGGUCUAUUUUUAUGCUGAAAUACAAAAACUGCUUAAUGCAAAGUUGACAUUAGAAAUGAUUUAUUCUUUUAAUAAACAACAACAAAAAAUAUAACAAUUUAUGAAUAUUAAACAAUAGAUUAGUUUUAAUAAAACGGGUCAAGGAUCAGAGUGAGUAGAUCGUCCAACAAAAGUUAGUGUCAUAAAAUUUGUAUCUAGGAAUCUUACUACAGUUGAAUUCCAUUAACUCGGAUAGUUAGCCUAUAAAAGAGCGGAAAUUUUUUGGAAUUUCCGAGUUAACGGAUGCCCCUUCUCCUUUAAAAAGUGAACUAUACGCAUGCGCUGUUACAUCUACAUGAAUGAAGACACACAAAUAUACGCAGGCACAUAAGAACAUAUAGCAUCGGAUAGUAGACAGCGUAGCUGGUAGUGGGGGUCAAGAUUAAGGGAAAAUUCCGAGAUACCAUCGAACUCCAUUAACUCGGAUUCCAUUAUCU